UGUAGCCCAACCAAGUAGGCUUUAUUCUGCGGAAGCUCUGAAUUCCUGGGAUUCUCUCUUUUCAUUUUGUUUCCUCUUUUAAAUACACAUCUCAUUUGUAGCCACAGUUCAUUAGCAAAAAAAUAAUGGCAAUUGGCUUUCAGUUCAUAAUAAUCACACUCUUCUCUCUAUUUUCGGCUCCCUCACUCACUUUUGCUUUUGUCCCUAUCCUUCCCAGAUUUCCUUCUUCAGCAGUUAGUGCAGAGCUGAAGCAACGCUCUCAUUCUUCCCAAAAUGGGCUUUACAGAACAAAAUUCUUCACCCAAAUACUCGACCACUUCAAUUUUAAUCCCCAAAGCAAUCACACUUUUCAACAAAGGUAUCUCAUCAACGAUACCUUUUGGGGUGGUGCCAAGAACAAUGCUCCAAUCUUUGUCUACACUGGCAAUGAAGGGAACAUAGAAUGGUUCACGCAGAACACAGGCUUUAUGUUCGAAAAUGCUCCUUCUUUUCAAGCCCUUUUGGUUUUCAUCGAGCAUAGAUUUUAUGGAAAAUCAAUACCAUUUGGGGGAAACAAGACGGUUGCAUAUGCAAAUACUAGCACACUUGGGUAUUUGAGCUCAACACAGGCAUUAGCUGAUUAUGCUACUCUCAUCAUUGAUUUGAAGAAGAAUUUGUCAGCAACUGAUUCUCCUGUUGUGGUUUUCGGAGGAUCCUAUGGAGGAAUGUUGGCUGCUUGGUUCAGGAUGAAGUAUCCACACGUUGCAAUUGGAGCUCUAGCAUCCUCAGCUCCAAUUCUCCAUUUCAUGGGUUUGGUUUCGCCAGAUAUCUUCAACAACAUCAUCACACAAGACUUCAGGAGCGAGAGUGAGAAUUGUUACAAAGUGAUAAAAGGGUCUUGGGAUCUGAUAGACGACACGGCCAAUAAACCCGGAGGAAUGGAACUGCUGCGGAAAACAUUCAGAAUAUGCAAGAGCGAUGAUUUUGGGCCUGGUUCUUUGGAAGGUUGGCUUCGGGCGGCGUGGAUUUAUACAGCCAUGACAGAUUACCCGACACCAUCCAAUUUCCUGAAUCCCUUGCCAGCAUAUCCGGUGAAAAAGAUGUGCGAGGCCAUUGACAGCUCAGUAACGGGAAAUAAUAGAUUAGCCAAGUUGCAUGCAGCAGCCAGUGUCUACUACAACUAUACAGGCAAAGCAAGAUGUUUCGAUUUGGAUGACAAUUCUGAUCCUCAUGAUCUUGGAGGAUGGCAAUGGCAGGCUUGUACGGAGAUGAUAAUGCCCGUAGGUGGAAGCAACAAGGAGAGCAUAUUUCCAGAAUAUGAGUGGUCAUACGAAGCCAGAGCCUCUUGGUGUGACUUUUUCUACAACGUACAGCCAAGACCACACUGGAUUACAACUGAGUUUGGCGGCCAUGCUAUAGAGAGAGUUCUGAAAAGGUCUGCCAGCAACAUUAUAUUUUUUAAUGGUUUAAGAGAUCCUUGGAGUGGUGGAGGGGUGUUGAAGACUAUAUCAAAAACAUUAGUUGCUAUAGUUGCAAAAAAAGGAGCUCAUCAUGUAGACUUAAGGUUCUCAAGUAAGGAAGAUCCACAGUGGCUUAAAGAUGUAAGGAAACUAGAGGUAAAUAUCAUAGCAAGUUGGAUCUCACAAUACCAUCAAGACCUACAAUCCAAUAGCUAAAGGGGUUGCUCUCAUUUUUUGGGCAUCUUUGGAGGCACUACAAUUGUUGUUAUUGUCAAAUGAAACUAAUAUAAAUUAUAUAAUGGAUACUGAGAAUAAAAAAAACAUAUAAGUGCUGGUUAGUCAUAACAAUCUUGCUCAUUUGAUAAAACUGUUUCAGUUUUAAAAUAAAGGUUGCUAAAUAUUCUCAAUACGAAAA